GUCAUAUGGUCUUAAUUUCCUUCAACCUAGAUGCGACGCCAUUGGAAGGGCCUUGACAAUGUGGAGAGGACGCCACAUGUUGGCUCAUUGCGCACAGAUUCAUCAUCUUUUCUUUGGCCAACCGCUUGUGCCCUGAUUCUGCAUGGAGGGGGUGGAUAAUGUGCAGUAGUUUAUUGAAGUGACGGAAAGCCAUGAACGGGACGCCUGGCACAGAUUGCUUCACACACGAUUGUUUAGCAAGUUAGACGCAUAUCCGAGCUUUGUUUCAGUGGGUGAAGAAGGAUGAACGCCUGCCUUCGGACACCCAAUCAUACGUUGUCCGAUGUCCGUGGUCACCGUACAACUAGGCCAAUGCGGGAACCAGGUUGGGGGUGCACUCUUUGACGUGCUAGCAGGGGAGGCCCUCUCUGCAAGCCGGAAAGAAGAGCCCGAGGCAGAAACGUUUUUUCGGCGGGGCAAAGGGGGGACGCAAUGGGUUGCUCGAGCAGUCCUGGUAGAUAUGGAACCCAAGGCUUUGGCUUCCACGGUUCGUUCGGCCCGCGCAUCCAGCGGAGGCGUUUGGGGCUUCGACGAGGGACGGCUCUUCUCACGGGAGAGUGGCUCAGGCAACAACUGGGCCCGGGGUUUUCACACUCACGGUCCAGCCUGUCGAGACGAUAUACUGAACCUGGUUAGGAAGGAGGUGGAAGAGUGCGAUCGCUUCGGGGGCUUCCUUACGCUCCAGAGCGUUGCGGGAGGCACGGGCUCUGGGUUAGGGGCAUACGCGGCGGGUUGUCUACGAGACGAGUAUCCAGCGAGCCCCCUGUUGGGCCACUGCGUGUGGCCGCACGAAAGCGGGGAGGUGAUCGUGCAGAGCUACAACGCGAUGCUGACGCUGCCCAAGCUAGCUCAGGCGGCUGACGGCGUAAUCCUGGUGGAGAACGAGGCCCUCACCGCCACGUGUCGGCGGCUGCUCAACAUCUCCCGGCCGUCGUACACUGACCUCAACUUAGUUGCCGGGCGCGCUCUCGCAUGCGUCCUCCUCCCUGCGCAGUGGCGGUCCGAGGCCGACUCGGUGGGCGUCGGCGGUGCCCGCUUCCGCCCCCUUUCGGACCUGGUGAGCGCAGUGUGCGCGCACCCCCACUACCCCCUGCUCAGCCUGCGCGCGCUGCCCCAGAUCCCGCCCGCCUCAGUGGACUUCACCACGUUCACGUGGCCCAGCCUGGUCAGGCAACUGCGUCAGAUGGCCUCCUCCGGAGCACCUCUUGAGAGUGCGGUUGACUGGGCCGCUGCCAGCGGGGCGCCCAGCUCUCCACCUCCCGCAGGAACCUUUCGCAGCGUCAACAAGUCCGUAAGCAGCCUGCUGGUGCUGCGGGGCAAGGGUGCAUCUGGGGUGGAUGUCUCUUCCUUUGCGUCUCCGACUUUGUACCCAUCAUGGGCGGUGGACCCCCUUACCGUAAUAAGUUCCCCGACUCAGUUUGGCAAGUACGAGAUGGCGACCGGCCUGCUCAGCAACUGCCAGACUUUGGUGUCGCCUAUCGAGCGCAUGCUGGGCCGCGCGUACGAGAUGUCCCACGCGGGGGCGUAUUUACACCAGUACUAUCAGCACGGGAUGAGCGAGGCGUCUUUCGAAGCAGCGUUCGCGAGCGUGGAGGAAACGCUUUGCCACUACCGGUCCCUUUGACCAGUCUCUCCGGACGCUUCUCGUCACUCUGAUCGCGGCCGGUUAGCUGUUUAGACCAGUUACUGAUCUUGGCAGUAGCGAGUGCAAGGAUCGAGCCGGCCGCCCAUGCGAAGUCAACCACAGUAGACGGUUGUGGAGCUUUGUACAAAGCCCAUGCAUAUCAUGCAGUCAUACAAGGGGUUGAAUGUACGGUUCCGCAUCGAUAUGGACAAGUGACCGACCAUUAUCGACAGGGUAGCCCCUUCGCAAUUUGGCGAUAAAUCAAACCUGUCUUUUCCUGCUUUUAUACGUGCU